AUGGCCGCGAGUAUUGCCGGCGUGCGACGACUGUACUUGGAGCCAACGACGCUCGAUAUCCGCGAAGGCUCGAUCGUCGAGACGCCGCGCACGUCGUGGACGGACCCGUUCUUUACCGUCGACCAGGACCUCUUUGUCUUGCACUACAACUGCUUUGCGCCGAAACCAUUUGCGACCGACGUCGAGUACCAGCGUGGCUUUGGCCACAAGUUUGGCGUCGAGCGGUCCAUGGCGCAGCUCGAGAAGCGUUUUCGCCAGCUCACGACCACGGCGACCAACCGCGGGAUCCUGCGCGUCUACCUCAAGUCGCUCCUGGCGAAUGCGACCGUCGAGGCGCUAGAUCCGACGUACGCUGCGUGCGUCGAUCUCUCGGAGCGCCUCGAGACCGUGCUGCAUCCAAAGUUGCGCUUGGAGAUCGAGAUGGACGGCGACUUGGUGGCCAAUAUGGACACGAUCCGUAUCGAAGUGUCGGGUCGGUCGACGACGCCAUUUGUGCGUGACGUGCCCAAGCACCUUAUCCGCGCGGUCUCGAGCGUCGUUGAUAGCUUCCUCGCCCAGGCGGCGGCGGGUUGCCCGCCGAUGCGGCACCAAGCGCUGACGUAUGUGCCGCGCACGGGCACGUCACGGGAGAAGAUGGUCUUGACCGACGACGUUCCGGCGUACGACCACAUUCCGCUGCACAACCACUUUGACGCACCCGUCUUUGAUCGCAUGAUGCUCUUUGCGAAAGACCAAGACGUGGUCGAGCACCGAAUGACGUUGGUCGACGAGUACGACAAGUUUCAGAAAACCAACAAACUCAGCAGCGACGAAAUCAACCAGAUUUUUGAGAUUGAGAUGAAGCGGUACGGCGACGUGCUCGAAAAUGCCAAGAACAAGGAGGUCGCGCACACGCGAACGUUCCUCGACCAAGCGCUGCAGCACGAUUUGCAGUCGAUUCAUGCCAUGCACGCGGCGACGGUCGCCAACGAAACGGCGCGGAUUUCCGCUAAGUACUCGGCGCAGCGCGAGUCGCUCUUCGUCCGCAUUGAAGUCGAGCGGCUCAAGGCGCUUGCGAUGCACCGCGACUCGACGCAGACGACACUGGCGCAGCUCGAGCACGUCAUGGCCGUCAACCUCCAGCAAGUGGACGCGAUCUUUGGCGCAAGCGAGUACCUACUGCAACUCAUGCUGCUAGCGCAAGAUUUGGCAUGCAAGAAGCUUCUGAAUGCGUGCGUGCGGUACCUUACCGAGCCGCGUCGGUUCCAGCAGUUUUGUACGCGGCGCGAGCUCACGAGCCCGCUCUUGGCCGAGACGACGCUGCUGUUGCUGCUGCAGCACUUGCCCGACAGCGAUGCGGCCGAAAUCAACACGGUGUACGGCGCACAGUUUGUCUACCACGAGAUGCUACGUCGCGAGAUUCACACGCGGCUCAUUUCGCUCACAAAAGCGCUCGAGAGUUUGCCCAACGACGCGCUUCGCGACGUCAUGCAGUAUGCGUUUGAAAAGUUUGUCGGCGAAGCGUCGUCCAACCCGUCCAAAGACGUGGCGGCGCUCGGCGAACUCUGCAAGGGCUACCCCCACGUUCUCACCAAGGAGCUCCAGCGCCGACGCGAGUUUAGCCACGUGAAAAUCAACCCCGCGCUUUUGAAUGACCACUUGAGUUUGACCGAGGACGACUUGCUCGUCGAGCUCGAGUCGUCGAAUCGGUACUGCUCGGCGAUUGGCACCAAGCAGCGCAGCGCUGGUGAGUUUGGCCGAUGGAUGUUUGAGGUGUGCAUUGAAGCCAUGGAUCCGAUUGGUGCGAGCGUCGCGAUCGGGUGGGAAGUUCCUCGGAGCGUGCUGCAGUGGGCUCCGUCCGAAGAUGUGUGGCGACAGACCCACGAAGCCCCCGAGUCGCCACGCGGGGACAUGACGCGCUUCGGCGAGCUCAACGGCUACGGGGUCGUCUUUCCGGGCUUGACGCCAGGCGACGACGGCCACAGCUUUGGCAUUCUGUGGCAGUCGCACGCGGGCUUGACGGGCGACGGCAUGGGCGUCCUCUAUUGCAACGGGAAGCAGUACAGCGGCGUGCCCACCUUUAGCAGCGGUGACGUCGUCGCGUGCACAAUUGACCAGGACGCCGUCGAGCCGUUCGUUGAGUUUUAUCUGAACGGGCAGCUCGUGAUUCCCGUUGUCAAUGCCGGCAACGUGAAGAAGCGGGGCGAGGUCUGUAGCGUCGUGCAGCAGCCGCUGCGGCUCCACAGCACGCACUAUGCACUCUUCCCGGCCGCCACGCUCUUUUCGAGCAAGGAUCCGAUUGCGCGCGUCCGGUUCAACUUUCGCGGCGGCUUUCAGUACCCGAUCCCGGGCUACGAGCCGUAUGGCGCCGAGCUCCUCGACUUGCUCGAGAUCGCGGGGGAGAGCGUCUCGGAAACGGGCGGGUACUCGGCGCUGUCACCGCGAAGCUCGAUACGGUCGAACGAGACGUGGGGCUCGAUGCAGUCGCGCCGCCACAGCGACAUGACGCGCUCGGAAGGACGCACCUCCGACAUUACCCUCACCGCUCGCUCGAUCAUCUCCAACAACAACAACAAGUAG